AUGGCAGAGACUCUGAAGGAUAUUCAAGGUUGGGAAGUUAUCACUACAGAUGAGAAAGGAAACAUUAUCAAUGAUAACAGAAGAAGGUCUAGGAAAAGAGGGGGUAGUGAAAAUACUUUUUUGAUUCGAUUAAAAGAUGGGCUUAAGUUUGGGCGUGGUGACAGCGUUAUUAUGCAUGAUGAAGCCACUAAGACGUACUCAGUUUAUUUGAUUCAUGAGAUCCGUCUCAAUACGCUGAACAAUUUGGUAGAAAUUUGGGCUUUCUCAUAUUUAAGAUGGUUUGAACUAAAACCCCUACUUUACUAUGCACAUUUUGAUCCAGGAUAUGCGGCGGAAAAUAGACCCAUUGAAGAAUAUAGAAAUCGAUUCAUCGAAGAUGUCAAUAAAUCAGAAAUUUAUUUGACCGCCGAAUUAUCAGAAAUAUGGCUUAAGGAUUUUGUUGAAGUGGCAAGAAUCAUGCCUGAAGUAGACUGGAAACGUUCAUCUCAAUUAGAAGACAAAGACUUCUUUGUUCGUUUUAUAUGUGAACCGACGGCUGAGAGCUAUGUACCCAUUGAUAUUAUCAAAGAGCAGAGAUUACUCCAAAAUACAGAACCAAAGAGUUACGAAGAACAUUUAAAAAGAAUGUCAGUCCCUCCAACUUUAGGAAGAUCAAAAAGUGGAUCUACAAGACGUACAAAUCAAGUUACCAGUCCAUCCGUCAAUAAGAUUGAAGAUGAACCAGAGACCGAAGAUGAAGAAGAAGAUGAGACUCAAGAAGAAGAAGAGGAGACUCAAGAAGGAGAAGAAGAAGAAUAUAAUGAAGAAGGAGAAGAGGGAGAAGAAGAAGAGGAGGAAGAAGAAGAAGAAGAAGAAGAAGAAGUAGGAAAAAAGAACGAAGGCAGCAGUUCUGAGGAAAAAGAAGGAUUUACUGGGGAGAGUAGGGAUUCAAGUAGAAAGGACACGACUGCAAGUAAAUCUCAGGAUUUCUCGACUUCACAAUCCCCAGAGGCUUAUUCUGAUGCACAAGAAACACCUUCAAUUGCUUCUAAAACUAACCCUUCAGGACCUCAACAAGCACCAGCAAAGGAAAAUCUGCUGGGGAAACUGAAAGCUCAAAAGGAGGAUGAAGGUCAAAAUAGAGCUUCUAGCGCAGGGAAAGAAGAUGAUGUUACUGUAGAUGAAAGUGAAGCCAAUAAAAGUGAAACUGAGAAUAACAAAGAUGAUAAACAUGAAGAUUCGAAUGCGGAGGAAUAUGUAGAUGAAGAAGAGGAAGACGAAUAUGCAGAACAAGAAGAAGAAGAAGAGGAGGAGGAAGAAGAAGAAGAGGAAGAGGAAGAAGAUGAAGAUGAAGAUGAAGAUUAUGAUCAAAAAAGCAGUAGCAAACGUGGGAAAAGCCAAAGCCCCGCAAAAAAAUCGCGAAAGUUAGCGCCAUUAUCUACUCCUGUCACACCAUCGAAACCUCCAAACCAUAAUAAUAACAAUACAGUGAGCAGUCCAGCCAUCAGAAAAUUUACCAAGAGAAAUGUGGUUCGUGCUAAGAAGAAGUAUACACCAUUUUCAAAAAGAUUUAAAUCUGUGGAUGAGAUCCCCGAUUUGACUCAGCUGGCAGAACUUAACCAAUCCUCCAACAAAUUGGAUGUAGCCGCAUUGGAAAAUAAACUGAGGACCCCCAAGAAGCAUGAAAUCGUGGAAACAAUUUUCUCAAGGAUAAAGAAACAACUUUAUUCAUCUCACGAAAAGGAGGAAAUUGUUAAAUCAACUAAUUUCCAAGACUACCUACCGGCUCGUGAAAAUGAAUUUGCAUCCAUUUACCUAAGUCUUUACAGUGCUAUUGAAUCUGGUUCUGCUACUACCGUUUACGUAGCAGGGACACCGGGUGUUGGUAAGACACUUACAGUGAGGGAAGUCGUUAAAGAGUUGCAGCGAUCUGCAGACCAAAACGAAUUACCGCUAUUCCAAUACGUGGAAAUAAAUGGUUUAAAAAUGGUUAAACCCACAGAUAGCUAUGAAGUUUUAUGGAAUAAAAUUAUGGGAGAAAGACUCACCUGGGGUGCCGCCAUGGAAUCAUUAGAAUUUUAUUUUAACAAGGUUCCUCAAAACAAAAAGAGACCAGUGGUGGUCCUGCUCGAUGAAUUAGAUGCACUUUUAACCAAGACUCAAGAUAUCAUGUACAACUUCUUUAACUGGACUACUUAUGAGAAUGCUAAAUUAAUUGUUAUUGCAGUAGCUAAUACGAUGGAUCUUCCCGAAAGACAAUUAGGUAACAAAGUGUCAUCUAGAAUUGGUCUCACAAGAAUCAUGUUUACUGGUUAUACUCAUGAAGAACUGAGAAAAAUUAUUGACUUCCGCCUCAAAGGAUUUAACAAUUCUUAUUUUUACGUGGAUACACAAAGUGGUAGUGCUCACAUGCUAACACCAGAAGAGGAUACCAACACAUCAGAACUACCGCCUCAUACAAAGAAAGUCCAAUUAAGGAUGAGUGAUGAUGCCAUUGAAAUUGCUUCGAGAAAAGUAGCUAGUGUGAGUGGUGACGCUCGUCGUGCCCUUAAAGUUUGCAAAAGAGCCGCCGAAAUUGCAGAACAACAUUAUAUGUCGAGACAUGGAUAUGGAUACGACGGGCAAGCAGUAUUGACACCAAAUGAAGGCGAAGAUGCUAAUGAUGGUGAUGGAUUACAAACAGUUCAUAUUACUCACGUCCUGAAAGCACUAAACGAAACUGUUAGUUCACAAGGUACUCAAUUUAUUUCAAAUCUCUCCUUUACCGCCAAAAUAUUUUUAUAUGCAUUGCUAAACUUAAUCAAGAAAACAGAAUUACAAGAACAACAGCUGGGAGACAUCAUUGACGAAAUUCGUCUAUUAAUCGAUGUGAACGGUAAUAACAAGUUCAUUUUGGAAAUAAGUCGUGUAUUGUUCCAACAAGGUUCUGAAUCAACACCAGAGCAACUCAAAAUUAUUUCCUGGGAUUUCCUCCUCAACCAGUUGGUGGAAGCAGGAAUAAUUUUCAGACAGAGUAUGAAGAAUGAGAGAUUAACUUGUAUAAAGUUAAACAUUUCACAGGAGGAAGUGCGUAAAGGAUUAGAACAAGAUGAGAAUUUGAAGAGUUUGUAG